AGGCGAAGAACCCACAUAAUGACGACAAGAUGAACAGAAAGUUCCAACCAGCUUUGUUUAUUAUCUUUUAGUCCUUACACUUUUGUACUCUGGAAAGUUGUGUGCGGUUGACGUAAUGACUUUGCAAAACUUGUCGUUAAAUAGGACUGCACGCUGCAAUGAAUGUAUUUGUGAGCGGAAAGCAUGAGGAGGUCACUGUGUGUACAGUGAAUCAGCUGAUUGUUUUCCGCGGAAAACCUAGCUCAUGAUACUUCUAGAUCUUGAUCAUGUUUUUACGGAUCACAUGCAUCUAAACCAAACCACAGGAGUAGAACUACCGAUGACUUAACGCGGCAUUGACAGGCUCAGAUUUAUUCAGCGAGGAAACUGGUUCCUUCUUUCUGAAAUCCUAUUUGACUGUAAUGUAAACGUUCAGUAUCAACUGUAAAGAUGCCGUGCACAUGUGGGAACUGGAGAAGGUGGAUUCGACCGCUGGUGGUGCUUCUUUACAUUUUGCUCCUGUUGGUUGUGCUUCCACUUUGUAUAUGGGAACUUCAAAAAUCCGAGUUUGGUACUCAUAAUAAGGCAUGGUUCAUUGCUGGGAUUUUUGUAUUCAUGACAAUACCUAUUUCACUGUGGGGGAUACUGCAGCAUCUAGUACACUACACCCAACCUGAGCUACAAAAGCCUAUUAUCAGAAUAUUAUGGAUGGUUCCUAUUUACAGCUUGGAUAGUUGGAUUGCAUUGAAGUAUCCCAGCAUUGCCAUUUAUGUAGACACGUGUAGAGAGUGCUAUGAGGCCUUUGUCAUCUACAACUUCAUGAUCUUUCUGCUCAAAUAUCUGGGGAACCAGUAUCCCAGUUUGGUACUGAUGCUGGAGGUGCAGGAGCAGCAAAAGCAUCUCCCCCCUCUCUGCUGCUGCCCACCAUGGCCAAUGGGAGAAGUGCUUUUGCUGAGAUGUAAACUGGGAGUUCUACAGUACACUGUUGUGAGGCCGGUCACCACAGUCAUUGCUUUAAUUUGCCAGCUUUGUGGUGUCUAUGAUGAAGGCAACUUCAGCUCUAAGAAUGCCUGGACGUACCUGGUUAUCGUCAAUAAUGUCUCUCAGCUUUUUGCCAUGUACUGUCUUGUGCUGUUCUACAAAGCGCUACGAGAUGAGCUGAGCCCUAUCAAACCAGUGGGCAAAUUCCUCUGUGUCAAGCUGGUGGUCUUUGUAUCAUUUUGGCAAGCAGUGUUCAUUGCACUCUUAGUGAAGGCAGGUGUGAUCUCAAACACUCACAUCUGGGACUGGGAUAGUGUGGAGGCUGUAGCCACUGGAUUACAGGACUUUAUCAUCUGUGUGGAGAUGUUUUUGGCAGCCAUUGCCCACCACUUCAGCUUUACUUACAAGCCCUACAUCCAGGAAGCAGAGGAAGGUUCCUGCUUUGAUUCCUUCCUGGCCAUGUGGGAUAUCUCUGAUAUACGGGCAGACAUCUCAGAGCAAGUGCGCAAUGUUGGGAGAACGGUCAUGGGUCGGCCAAAGAAAACAUAUUUCGGCGAAGAGGUUUACCAGGAUGAGAACACUGGACUUCUUUCAGAUGGUUUGCAGGACCCUAGUGCUGAAGCCUUCUCCACCCCUCCAUCCCCCAAGGGCCGUUACCAAGGCAUGGGGCAAACUGUAACCCCUCACUCCAUCUCCGCUCCUGCCAGCCUCAGCUGUGCACCGUGGGAGGGAGUUAUUGAUGACAUUUCUCCUACGGUGCUAUCCGGCAAUUAUAACGAUCAACAGUUUUCAGAUUACGCUGCUAUCACUUAGCAUGCCAUCUGUGGCGGCUACCAAAGCUAUUAAAGUUGAAGCACAUUGGUAUAAUGUGUAUUAGCUACUGUGUUGAAUUUGAAACCACUGUUAACUAUGGGUACUUGUAUGAAUUAUGUACCUGUAUUUAAUAUGUGUUCAGAGAGAUUUAGUGAAGCUUUGGUAGCAAGAACAUAUUUGAAGGACAUGGGGCAGGUAACAGGUUAGGUCCUCUGUUUAUAUCUCCUUUCUGCAUUAUUCUGCUGAACAACAUGAUCUAAACUGACCAAAGAGCCAAGCACACAGUUAUUUGUCAUUACAUGAAUACCAGUUUUAAUCAUUCACAUAACCAGUUGUCCAAGACAGCUCUAGGACUGUUUAUUCAAAGUGAGAAACACUAAAUGUUGAUGACACUAUUUCAAAAUGUGAUUGAUGUUCUCUUGGACUUUGUUAGCUAGUAGUUUUAAUAUUUUCAUUUUAACAUUGGUUUUACUUUCAAACAAUUGUUAAGUGAUGUUUGUGGAGCAAAACCUUGCCAUAAUGCAGAGAACAUAGCAUGGGCUCUAAAGCCCAUGAUGCUUAAGCAUCCAUAUCUCUUCGCUUCAAAGAAUAGCAACUACUCCUGAACAGCUUGCCUUCGGUACAGCUUCAUAUACAUGCACCGAAGUGUAUCUUUCAUUUGUUCAAGUCCAAAAUUAUUUGAAAGUAAAAGCAUUUAUAUUUUUGGUAGUUUUAUCAACGGCAAAGAAAAAGUCUAAAAUGUAAUUAACCUAAUGAAAUAGUUAAUCAAAAAUAAAAAUUCUAUCAUCAUUUACCCAGUAUCAUGCCAUCCCAGAUCUGUAUGACUUUCUUCUGCAGAACGCAAAGAUUUUUAGAAGAAUAUUUCAGCUCUGUAGGUCCAUACAAUGCCAAAGUGGACCAACACUUCUUAAAUUUGUUUUAGGCUCACAUUGGGAAAUGUUGUCUUUUUCCAUUUAAGAAAUUGUCUUUCUUUUUUUUUUAGUUUGUGAACAUUGUGUUGUCAUGAUGCUUAUAUUUGCACUCAGUUAAUACUUAAGUUGCACACAAGCUGUUAAUGUUAUAUAUAUAUAUACACACAGUGCAUCCGGAAAGUAUUCA